AUGCUGCCCGAUGUGUACACGAUAUUCGUGGGGGUGACCACAUUCGCGCUACUCGUGGUUGCGUCGUGGUGCGUGGGUGAGGGUGGCGAGAUUUUGGGCAAGAAGUACGACGCCUCCAUUGUGGGUGGACUCGUCAUCGCCUGGCUCAACACUGCCCCCGAGACCAUCUUCUUCAUCACCGCCCUCGAGAGCGACAAUCCCCGAUUCGCCGUCGGCGCCGUCUCUGGCAGCUCCAUUGUCGUGUGCACGAUUGCGCUUGGUGCUUGCUUGUGGAUUGGUGCUCGCGCUCGCAAGUCUGGCAAGGUUUUCCUCCAGCAAUCGGUGAAGCAACAGUGCUACAUUCUCGGCGCAUCGGUGCUGGUUCCCGUGACCAUCAUGGUCUUGGGCUUCAACCUCUUCAGCGCUGUUCUGGGCGUGCUGUUCUACAUCGGUUUCCUCAUCUACUCCCUGCAGCGAGGAGAACCCUCGCGCCCCGAAGAGGAGAAGGACGAGGACAUCGAAGCUAUCAUCGAGGAGGAUGAUGAAGAAGAGGAGUCCACCACCAAGGGAGUCAUCUACCUGUGCGUGGGCGGAGUCAUGAUCUUCCUCUUCUCCAACCCUUUCAUCCAGUCCGUCGUUGCUACUGCCUCUGCUUUGCAGGUCAGCCCGACCCUGCUCGCUUUCUUCUUGGCUCCUAUCGCCUCCGAGGCGCCCGAGAUUCUGGAGAGUAUCUCUCUGUCGCGCAAGGGCCAUCCUCAGAGCAUCAACGUCGCCUUCAGCAACCUCGUCGGCGGCACCCUCUCCAAGACCACCCUCCUCUGCGCGAUUUUCUGUUUCUACGGCGUGAGGAAGGGCUUUGUGUGGGAGGCGCCCAACUACACCAUCAGUCUGUGCCUCAUCUCGGUGUGCGCGUUCGCGGCGGCCGCCAUCGGCUUCGGCUUCCAGCACCAGACGCACCGUCACGGCGCUGCUCUCUUCGCCCUCUUCGUCAUGUGCGGCCUCGUGCAGUACUUCCUCAACGGCAACGCUGCCGAGGAGGAGCUCCAGCAGAUCGUGGCUGGCUGA